CUGGUAGUAGUUGUUUACUGGUGGAUAGACAUGGAGAAAAAAAGGUGGGAACCUGAGAGGUGCUUUAUACGGUAAUCGAAGUUUUUCCCACAUAGCAGUUUAUUAUGCCAUUACGUUUGUUUACCUCAUAUUUCUGAUUCUGACAGCGGUUAUUUACUUUAUUUAAUUGCCGGUUUUGAAGCUUCGUUGUUUAUAUGAGCUGUUUUGCCAUGCCAGAUAAUCUGAAGACGGGAGUUCUCACACUUUUUAGCAAUGUGCUGGAAGCGGGGGGAUAUUUGUUUAGUGGCUAAACGUAAUGUUCGCUGGAUCCAUUUUUUUGGGGGGGGUUUCAUGUUGUCGUGGGCUGGCUGUAGCGACUGAAUCAGUUCAGAGGAAGGUCGUUCAAAUAUAUCCACGUUUUUCCUGCACGUAUCCAAAUUUCAUGGGAUGUGUUCACAUUUUUUCCUCUCACGUUUUAAAACUAGGUGUUUUUCCUGUGAUACCGCGAAGAAGUGCAAUAUUGGAGUGCAUGAAACACUCAACGACCUGUGGAUUACAGCAAGCUAGCCAACGUUAGCUAGCUUCUUGGGUCUAUAGAAGUUCGGCUACAUAGCUGGAUUUUUGGAAAGAAGAGGACACCCAGAUUUCUAAAUGAUCAUGCAUUAAUCUUAAAGAAUUGCUUUAUAAUACGGAAAUACGGUAUCUGAGUGCCUUUCAACAGUGGAACCUCGUUUAUCGUGGAAUGAGGCCGUGGCUAGUUACUUUCUAGUUUAGCUAACGUUAGCGGUGUGGGAUUUUUUUUUUCUCGAAUCGGAAUACUUUAAAAAGAAAAAUCAAACAUUAAAGUGAACUAUCCCAUACAAUUGUGGGAAAUGACUAUUUUUAUUCGCAAAUGUGUCGCCAGAACACACGACCAAGCUAUUUAGUGGUCAUUUUCUUCAGGGAGAACCGAAAUCCCAAAGUUAGCUGAGAAGAUAUUGCUGUUAAUUAAGAUACAACCACGUUGGACCCCUGGCCCCUUUUUAAGGGUGCUAACUGGACUAGCUAGCUUGAUUUAUCUUUUCCAUUUGAAAACUUUGUUUGUAUUGGAUUUUUUAAACGAACUUUGGAUAUCCUCAAAACACACACAGAGAACACACUCGAAGUUACAAUGCGGCUUGGGACUUCAGCGGUUGUUUUGGUUACUUUUAUCUACAUUGGAUGUCAGUGUGUCCUAACAAAUGGAGAAAUCUGUCAGAGUAAGGAUAUCCGUAACAACGUGACCAACCUGCAGUUAUUAGAGAACUGCACAGUAAUUGAGGGCCACUUGAAGAUCCUCCUCAUGUUCAAGGCCAAGCCCGAGGACUUCAGGGGCCUCAGCUACCCCAAGCUGACCGUUGUCACCGACUUCCUCCUCCUAUUUAGGGUCUAUGGUCUAGAGUCCCUCAGCAAUCUGUUCCCCAACCUGACGGUGAUCCGAGGCAACAACCUGUUCUUCAACUACGCCCUGGUUCUGUUUGAGAUGGUGGACCUUAAGGAGCUGGGGCUCCAGAGCCUCAUGAACAUCACCCGGGGAGCCGUGAGGGUGGAGAAGAACCCGGACCUCUGCUACCUCUCCACCCUGGACUGGUCCAAGAUCCUGGACACAGUGGAGGACAAUUACAUCGUGGCCAAUAAGAAUGACCGGGAGUGUGGGGAUGUGUGCCCAGGCACGGCCUAUGGGAAGACCACCUGUCCUCAGACUACCAUCAAUGGACACUUUGGAGAGCGCUGCUGGACUCAGAACCACUGCCAGAGAAUGUGUCCCUCCACCUGUAAGCAUCGGGCCUGUACCCAGCAUGGCCACUGCUGCCACGACCAGUGCCUGGGAGGCUGCUUGGAGGCAGGCAAAGCCAGCAGCUGUGUGGCCUGCCAGAACCUCCAGCACCAGGACACCUGUGUGGACCACUGUCCCCAGGGAUACUACAUCUUCAAGGGCUGGCGCUGCGUCUCUCUCUCCUUCUGCCAGGACCUCCACAACCAGUGCAAGAAUGGAAAGAGCAGCGACUGCCAUGAGUACGUCAUCCACAACAAAGCCUGCAUCCCAGAGUGCCCCUCAGGGUACACCACCAUCAACUCUACCGCGUUGACCUGUACCCCGUGUGCGGGGCUGUGUCCUAAGAUGUGUACAGGGCUGAAGACAGUGGACUCUGUGACAGCAGCCCAGGCUCUGAGAGGAUGCACUGUGCUCAACGGCAGCCUGAUCAUCAAGAUCCGUGGAGGGAACAACAUAGCAGCAGAGCUGGAGGCUAACCUGGGUCAGCUGGAGGAGAUAACAGGCUACCUGACCAUCAAGAGAGCCUAUGCCCUUGUCUCUCUCUCCUUCCUCCGCAAGCUACACAUCAUCCGUGGAGAGAUGCUGACCCAAGAUGGGAACUACUCGUUCUACGCGCUUGACAACCAGAACCUGCGUCAGCUGUGGGACUGGAACAAACACAACCUGACCAUCCUUCAGGGGCGCAUGUUCUUCCUUCACAACGCCAAGCUGUGCAUGUCUGAGAUCCGCAAGAUGGAGGAGGUGACGGGCACCAAGGGGAGAGACAUCAAGAAUGAAAUCGCCGGCAGGACCAAUGGAGACCAGGCCUCCUGUGAGAACCAGGUGCUGAAGUUCACCACGGUGCGCACGCAGUCAGACAAGAUCCUCAUCAAGUGGGAACCCUUCUGGCCUCCUGACUUCAGAGACCUACUAGGCUUCAUGGUCCUCUACAAAGAGGCGCCCUAUAAGAAUGUGACAGAGUUUGAUGGCCAGGAUGCGUGUGGCUCUAACAGCUGGGUGAUAGCUGACAUAGACCCUCCACCCCGGGCCUCGGAGGGGAAGGAGCAGGGAGAGCCUGGCUACCUCAUCCAUACUAUGAAACCCUAUACCCAGUACGCCAUCAUGGUCAAGACCCAGCUCUCCGCCUCAGAUGAACACCAGGUCCUCGGGGCCAAGAGUGAGAUCAUCUACGUCCGCACCAAUGCCACCAAGCCGUCGGUGCCGCUGGACCCCAUCUCAUCAUCCAACUCGUCCUCUCAGAUCAUCCUGAAGUGGAAGCCCCCCACGGACGCCAAUGGCAACAUCACUCACUACCUGGUGUUCUGUCAGCAGCAGCCCGAGGACAGCGACCUCUACAAGUUUGACUACUGUCAAAAAGGAAUGAAGCUGCCGUCGCGGGUGCCUACCCAUCUGGACACUGACGAGGAGCAAAAGUGGAACCAGACAGACGAGUCUGGGCCAGGGAACCGCUGCUGUGCCUGCCCCAAAACAGACACCCAGCUCAAGAAGGAGGCUGAGGAGUCUGAGUACCGCAAGACCUUUGAAAACUACAUCCACAAUGAAGUGUUUAAAGUCAGACCGUCUCGUCGGCGCCGCUCAGUGGGCGUGGCCAACGCCACCCUUCCGCACUUCCUGACCACUCCCCCCACCCUGCCCAACGCGUCCACCACGCCCAGCCCAGAAGGCGAGGGGGUGGAGGGCUCUAAGGUGACGUUGGUGGUGUAUGCCAAGGAGUCGACCGUCAUCUCCAACCUGCGUCACUUUACCAGCUACCAGAUAGAGAUCCAUGCCUGCAACCACCCCACAGACCCCCAACGCUGCAGCAUGGCUACCUACGUCAGCGCCCGCACCAUGCCCGAAAAGAAAGCUGAUGACAUUGUGGGCCAGGUGACCCAUGAGAUGGUGUCGGAGCACCCAGAGUCUGUCCACAUCAAGUGGCUGGACCCCAAAGCCCCCAAUGGCAUGAUCAUCCUGUACGAGGUCAACUACAAGAGGUUGGGAGACCUUGAGGAGCUGCAUCACUGCGUGUCCAGGAAGGCCUACACCCAGAUCGGCGGCUGCAGGCUGAGAGUGGUGCAUCCUGGGAACUACACCGUGAGGAUACGUGCCACAUCGCUGGCAGGAAACGGCUCCUGGACCGAACCCACCUUCUUCUUCAUGCCCGACAAGGACACCACUUCACUGAAGAUUAUCAUUGGCUCAGUUAUCUGCUUCAUCCUGCUGCUAUUCGUAGGAGGUGGAGUCUUCAUGAUCUUCAAGAAGAAACAAACUGAGGGACCCACUGGACCUCUGAUCGCCUCGUCCAACCCAGAGUACCUGAGCGCCAAUGACAUGUACGUGCCUGAUGACUGGGAGGUGGCGAGGGAGAAGAUCAACAUCUUGAAGGAGCUGGGUCAGGGCUCAUUUGGCAUGGUCUACGAGGGCAUCGCCAAGGACAUUGUGAAGGGCGAGCCGGACACGCGUGUGGCGGUGAAGACGGUCAACGAGUCGGCCAGUCUGAGAGAGAGGAUAGAGUUCCUCAAUGAAGCGUCGGUCAUGAAGGCCUUUAGCUGCCACCACGUGGUGCGUCUGCUGGGGGUGGUGUCUAAAGGCCAGCCCACUCUGGUGGUGAUGGAGCUGAUGACCCACGGGGAUCUGAAGAGCUUCCUGCGCUGCCUCCGACCAGACUCUGAGAAUAACCCCACAGGGAAGCCCCCUCCCACACUGAAGGAGAUGAUUCAGAUGGCGGGGGAGAUAGCAGACGGCAUGGCCUACCUCAACGCCAAAAAGUUUGUCCACAGAGAUCUGGCCGCCAGGAACUGCAUGGUGGCUGAGGACAACACCGUCAAGAUCGGAGACUUUGGCAUGACCAGAGACAUAUAUGAGACGGAUUACUACCGUAAGGGAGGGAAGGGUCUGCUUCCUGUCAGGUGGAUGGCUCCUGAAUCUCUGAAGGACGGAGUGUUCACCGCACAUUCAGACUGCUGGUCAUUUGGUGUGGUAUUGUGGGAGGUCAGCACCCUAGCAGAGCAGCCUUACCAAGGCCUGUCCAACGAACAGGUCCUCAAGUUCGUCAUGGACGGAGGAUACCUAGACAAACCAGAGAACUGCGUAGAGAGGAUCCACAACCUGAUGUCGAUGUGCUGGCAGUACAACCCCAAGAUGCGUCCCACCUUCCAGGAGAUCAUCGAGAUGUUGAAGGAGGAUGUUCACCCCAGCUUCCAGGAGGUCUCCUUCUUCUACAGCGAGGAGAACAAGCUCCCCGAGACAGAGGAGUUUGACUUGGACCUGGAGAACAUGGAGAGCAUCCCACUGGACCCAUCGUCCUACUCCCAGAGAGAGGACAGCGACAGUGUAUCCAGAGACAAUGGAUCCAGCCAGAACCUAAGGGGCAACUAUGAGGAACACGUGCCCUACGCACACAUGAACGGUGGCAAGAAAAACGGACGAAUCCUAUCAUUGCCGAGAUCCAGCCCUUCCUAACAUUUCCUAAGGUUUUCUUCCUCCUUUCAAACUAUUUAAAUUGUUUAACUCUUGCAGAAGCCCUUAAAAAACUGAUCUCAGGACAUGUAUUUUCUUCCUCACAGCUGCCAAGCAUGGUGGGACACACGAUGCAAACAUUUUGGUAUAUGUUGAAAGACAUUUUUGCAUUUAUCCAGAAUCAUCUACUACAACUUUCUACUAUCUUUAUUUUUUUGUUCACUAUUGCCAUGUUUCCAGGACUGGUUGAUGGAAAAAGAAAAAGAAACUGUGAACACUUCUCUCUCUCUUUCUCGCUCUUUCCAGGCUGCCCCAUCUCUCUUCCAUUCUCUUAAAAACCUUUUCAGAUAGUGGCCUUUUUAUUUGUGGCCUGUUAACAAAGAGAAGUGUCCAUCAAUACUUGUAUUAAUUUCCUUUGAAUUUCCUUUGAAAUUAGACAGGUUUGAACCAUGGGACGGCAUAAACUCUCUAGAACAAAUGUCCAUUCGUAGAGAAACUUUUUAUUUAAUUUUUUUUGUGCAGAAUUCCAAACUUUACGGAGAUUAUUUUGGUGUUUGGUAAAUAGUUCUAAUUUAUUAGCAUUUUUUUGUCUCACUUUUUCAGUUUUAUUUCUGAAUCCUCACAUUAUGGCUGAAGGAUAUUUAAACAGUUAAAAGUUGGGCAAAAUAGUUCCUCAGACUGACCAAUAGCUGCUGCUUUCAUAUAUUUUUGUGGAUAUAGAAUAUAUAAUAUAUAUAGUAUAUAUGGAAUAUUUGGUAUUUAUAUCAAUAUUUUAUAUAGAAUAUAUACAAUAUAGAUGUUUUUGUACAUAGUUCGUAUUUGUAAUGUUUUCAACUGAGGCUUUUCUGGUAAGAUGUUUGUUUUUUUUGUCAGUCUUUUCUCUCUCUCUAACCCCAGAUAUCACACUAAUCGGCCGCCAGUGCUCUGUUGUCUUAGACCUCCACACGUGGUUUUACUUCUCUUUCAAACCCUCAGGAGAACCCUGUUCUCCUCAGCAACAAAGGGCAACCCACUAUUUUAGAAAAAUCAUGGCAUCUUUCAAAUGUUGUUCGUCCUGUCAGUAGAAGCGUUUGGGUGGGCCACUAUGCUAAAAUGACAAGAACCAAAAACUGAAAUGGGAAUGAAUGGUGCCUUGGGUCUGAUGGAGCCAUGGUGUAGAUGUCCAUGUUGUGUUAAAAUGUGUCUAUCUUUGGUUGAUCAUUAGCGAUCUGUUUGAUUGAAUGAUGUUAUCGGUGGGGCUAGAAAUGUGAUGUCUGCUUGCUUGGACAGACAGUUUGUCUUGGCCUGAUGAUUGUACUUGGCUUGUGCUCUCUUGGCUUGUGCUGUUGGUUGUGGGGUUUUAUAGGGUUAUAGUUGGGUCAUAGGAGACCCAUCUACCUAUCUAUCUCCUCCACUGGAGUCAGAAGCCCAUAUAGGUGGAUGUAUUGCAGGACCACAUACCAUCCGGGCUUUGAGAGAGAUAUAAUGCAGUGCUUCAUAUGAGUAACGAGCAUCAGCUCUACUCCAGCACAACCCCAUGUCCUCAGACAACUGGGUUUGUUUUGACCCUACCACCACCCUAUGCCCUCUCCCCAAAUAAAGAUAGCCCAUUGGCUGUAAUGUUCGCUGACACAGGAAGGAGGUCAGAAUCAGGCUGCUGGUGGAAUUUUCCAUGUUACUGUGGGUGAAUGCUUUUGAUUUUGAACAUUUUGGAAAGUUCCUAUUGCAUUCAGAGUCCACAGCGGGCAGCAGUGAAAGAGAGGGAGGGAGCCGUUAGAUGAAGGUGUGUGUGUGUCGGUGUGUACUAACGGAGGGAGGUGGUGUACAGGUGGUGGUAUGGUAUGAGUCAGGACACGCUGUAGCUGUACAACAAGUGCUGCUUUACCCCCAGGGCUGGGCAAACAUUCUACUAUUGGCAGUGGAGACCGUGUUCGGACUUGCUGUGUGCCCGUUAUUCACAACCCCUUCUCCCUUCCACCCGAAAGAAAAAGAUAUUGAACUUAUUUCCCCCUGCUUUUAAUUUGGGUUUCUUUCAAUCCCACACCCUCCCAUUUGGAUUGUGGUGUACCCCUCCCCACAAUUUGGAUUGUAACCCAUCACUCCAGUAUCAAAAGAUGGGUUGUGAAAGUGUAAACCUCUGUCCAUUUACAUUCAUAUUAUUAAGUUCCAUACAGACAUUUAAACAUUCCUGUCAGCUUCUUCCCAGAACAAGACAAAGUCCUUAUUUGUUUUUAAAGUACACACACACUUAUUCUAUGUGGCACAAAUCACAAAUUGGUGUUACCUACAUAAAGAUUGAUUGAAAAGUGUCUACAUGGCAUUCCCAUUGAGAAGCACAAAUAGCCCAAUCAUUAGUAGUUCACACACACACGUCUCUAUUUGUCCCAUUAUCCCUCCCUCUAGCCAAAGGCAGUGAUACUCAUUGUCUAUUGUCAAAAGCAUUGAUAAGGGACAGAAAAGCACAGACAGGAGCUAAGGGUAAGUCAAUCUGACCUGCGUCCACUCAGCAGUUUGAGCCUGUGUGGCUGUUUAGAGCUUACAGUUAUAGGCCUGGUGUUAUUAACCCUAACCUGCCCAUUCAUCUUCGCCCAGUUAUCACUGUUUACCCCUCUAUGUCUGUAUGUCUGUCUGUAUCGGAGAUGGUGGAACCGCAUCAGCCCCCACCCAGUGCCUUCUCAACCAACCACAAACCAGAGAGAUGGAUGUACAUUGCACAGGCUGGUUACUGUUUGUUUGUUGGCACAUACUCAUGUUAAUGCGUGUAGCUAGUGUGUGUGUGUGUGUGUGUGUGUGUGUGUGUGUGUGUGUGUGUGUGUGUGUGUGUGUGUGUGUAUUUAUACAUGUUAGACAGAGUGAGAGAAAUACGACUCGUAGAUGGGAGCUAAAUCCAUACCGUAAAUCUCAAGUAGUACUUAGAGAUGAUGAGAAAGAUAUGACAGUUGCUAAAUAACUUAUAUCUCUCUGUUUCUUACUGUGAACAUCGGCUUGUGAGAGAGGUAUGUGGCUAGUUUUUGGUCAGUUGUUGUAAGUGUUGAAUGGCAAGUUCAUUUAUUGCUAUGGUGUUCAAAGUUUAAGCAAUGCUAAACCACCUUUUCUGGUUCUCGCUGAUUCUUGAUCUACUCCACUUACUCGAAUGCCCCCCAAAAUGUUAGUUUUUUUCCUCAAUCAGUUACACUCUCAUACAUUUUUACUUUGUAAAUACUAAAGAAUAUAUUGUCUGGAAAAAAAGAGCGAAAAAGUGGGAAACCUCCCUCACAACUGUGCAUACAGUACAUGCCCAUAACGAGAGAUAAAUGGUGGAUCUCUACAUAUGACCAUUGUCUCUUUAUUGCGGUGUGUAUACAAGUGUAUGCAAUUUUCAAUUCAGAAGAUCACCAUCAUCUUUGAAAAAUUACAGAUAUUUAAUAUUUUAUUUAUUGUAUUAUUGUAUUCAAAAAAACACUGUUCGCUUUUUGUCAGUUUUUAAAAUAUUGAAAGUCAGGUAAAAAAAUUUUUUUAAACCUAGUUAAGGGUAGAGCUAUAAAUGUGAAAAGGAGUUGGUAGUUGUAGUUUCUAUGUAUUUGGCCACAGUCUACCUCAGUGGGUGUUUGGAGAAAUCAGUUUGAGACUACAACAUCUUUCUUCGUCUGUCAGUCUGUUGGUAUCCCUGUAGUUCAUAUCAGAGGACAGGGACAGCCCCUUUAAAGAGAUUAAAAAGAUAAGACCCUGCGUGUUUCUCAACAUGUGUACUAACAUGCUCCGAGCACGCAAAUUGGACCACGAGAGGGUCAGAUUAUGAGUCCAAAUCAAAGUAUACAUAAUCUCGAAAUGCGUACUCCGUUUGUAAAUAUUUUUGAAGCAUGCAUCGAUGCACACUUCAACAGAAAGUAUGCAAAGAAAUAUGACUCAACCACGUAAAAAAUGAUGUAACAUUUUUUUUAAAUCAAUGGAGGGCAUUAGUUGAGCUGAAGAGAGAGAAAAUACACAUCAACCUCGGAAUGAAAUGCAUAUUCACAUGUCAUAUGUUGCCAGACUACGAUAUUUUUUUCUUGCUGCCUUCAUAAAUACCUGCUGUUUACCUGCCUACUUACAAUAGAUUGCAAGCCCAUAAUAAGUCAAUAGGACUAACUGGCUAGCUACUACUGUUAGCUAGCCAGAUAGCCAUGAAGAAUUGCUAGCUUAACUACCCACGAAUAACUGACAUCUAUUUUUAUUUAACCUUUAUUUAACAUCUAUCUUGCAUAAUAUUUGUUUUAGAUCAUUUUUGCCUGUUAAACUAUCUGUUUAGUUGUAUUAUUAUGAUUCACAUUUAGCUAUCUGAUAGUUAUGAAGUAAAACGGUUGCUUUGUGUAUAUCUUGUUUCAUCUCUCAUGCCAUUGUCCUGGCUGGAAGACGGUUCAGUGAAUGGCUAAAUCCAUAGUAAGUCAAUAGGGCUAACUGGAUAACUAGCUAGCCACAAAGAAUUGGUAGCUACCCAUGAAAAAAUGUACAUCUACCUGGCAUAACAUUAGUUUCAGGUCAUUAUUUGCAUUUUUUGUUCUAACUAGCUGGCUAGCUAGAUUAUUACGAUUCACAUAUCUACCUGAUAACUAUGAAGUAAAACGUUUGCUUUGUGUAUAUCUCGUUUCGUCUAUUGCUGCCAUUGUCCUGGCUGAAAGACGUUUCAGUGAAUGGGAGGUGAAGCGUAAGGUAAUAUACAGUUGAAGUCGGAAGUUUACACACAUUUGGAAUUAAUCACACAGCUGGAAUUAAUCAUUCUCUCUACUAUUAAUCUGACAUUUCAAAUUCUUAACAUAAAGUGGUGAUCCUGACUGACCUAAAAAUGGCAUUUUUACUAGGAUUAAAUGUCAGGAAUUGUGAAAAACUGAGUUUAAAUGUAUUUGGCUAAGGUGCAUGUAAACUUACGACUUCAACUGUAGUAGGGGGGAUGGCGAAUGCUUCUCUACACUCUCGUCCUCACAAGAACGUACUCGAGAACGUUGUCGGAGAAUGCACCCGGAGCAUGAGAGUGUAGAGUACGGUAGAAUGCAUAUUGAGAAACACCCUGAUCAGAAUAAGAAGAAAGUAACAAGUUUUGACCCAGUAAUUAUCCUGAUUAAGAACUUUUUUUCUCAUAUUCAAACUCCACAUUAUCUUAACAACCAAGUAGGGUAACCCCCAGUGUUGUGUGAAGCACAACCUCAAUGCGCUUUUAAAUGUUGCCCCAAACUUUAAUUUGAUUAGAAAUGUAUUAGAACAGGUAUAUCAGUCAAGAAUGUAGUAAUAUGACAACAACCUUUUGACUGUUGAUUAAUUAUGAAAAAUGUGCAUUUUAGGUUCCCACUCCCAUUAUUUGAAUAGGCUUUCAGAUUCCCAAGCGUCAGGUUUCUUUUUGAAAUGAACAGAAUUUUUACAUACCCUGUAACAACGGUUAAUGUAAUAGCUGUUGUUACAUACCCGCUAGCUGAUAGUUGCUUUGCUUUUGUGCAUUUAUUGUUCUAGGGAAGAUUUGAGCUUUUUUAUAGAAAUUCUGCAUCAAGACAGAGUAGUCCAAAUCAUGAUUGCAUAUUUCUUGAUCACAUAUCCAUAGUCUGCAAUAGCUCAGCCUUGGUCAUGCUUUUCAGCAUUGACUCACCAUAGAUUAACUCCUCAGUGUUGGUUUGUGUGGGUAUAUACACUACCGUUCAAAUGUUUGGGGUCACUUUGAAAUGUCCUUGUUUUUGAAAGAAAAACACUUUUUUUGUUCAUUAAGAUAACAUCAAAUUGAUCAGAAAUACAGUGUAGACGUUAGUUGUAAAUGACUAUUGUCGCUGGAAAUUGACAAUUUUGUUUGAAAUGGAAUAUCUACGUAGGCAUACAGAGGCCCAUUAUCAGCAACCAUCACUCCUCUGUUCCAAUGGCACGUUUUGUUAGCUAAUCCAAGUUUAUCAUUAUAAAGGGCUAAUUGAUCAUUAGAAAACCAUUUUUGCAAUUAUGUUAGCACAGCUGAAAACUGUUGUUCUGUUUAAGGAAGCAAUAAAACUGGCCUAUUUUAGACUAGUCUAAAAUAGGCCAUAGGUGUGUUCGAUUACAGGCUCAAAAUGGCCAGAAACAAAGAACUUUCUUCUGAAACUCAUCAGUCUAUUCUUGUUCUGAGAAAUGAAGGCUAUUCCAUGCUAGAAAUUGCCAAGAAACUGAAGAUCUCGUACAAAGCUGUGUACUAAUCCCUUCACAGAACAGCGCAAACUGACUCUAACCAGAAUAGAAAGAGGAGUGGGAGGCCCUGAGCAAGAGGACAACUAGUCGAAAGAAGCCCAGUUUUAUUGCUUCUUUAAUGAGCACAACAGAUUUCAGCUGUGCUACAUAAUUGCGAAAAGGUUUUCUAAUGAUCAAUUAGCCUUUUAAAAUGAUAAACUUGGAUUAGCUAAGACAGCAUGUCAUUGGAACACAGGAGUGUGUCUAGUGUGUGUAUAUAUAUCUCCCAGAGUCCCUGUUCUUCUCAGUCAAAUACGGACAGCAUUUAGUCUCAAGGCCGUUUAAUGUAUCCUCCAGAAGUGUUUUUAUUUCUCUGUUCUGUUGUUUUCCCUUAAUGUUGUAUGUAUUUUUUUUCUACUGUGAAUAUCAAGAAAUGACCUUAUUGUUAUAUCAAUGCCAUGGAAUGGGUCUGUCUGGACACUGCAUGCCUCUGCUGGUCAAUGGACUAGAUUUGAACUUCUCUGGGAGGCACGUGUAUCGGGGGUUGGGUGAUGGAAGGAGCUUCCAACCUGUUUCUGACUGAAGUGCAAGUGCUCUUGGCAUCCUAGCAAAUCAUAUUUUAGGGGAGGUGUAGCUUAGAAGUUGUCAACAAACAACCACCCUCUUGCAAAUCAAAUGUUCAGCCUUUAAAGUUAAUGAUCUGAUUGUAUGCCUGUUAUCAUUGUGAUAUGUGGUGUUCACUGCCCCCAGCUGGCUGGAUGGGGGAAGUGCAGCAUCAGGACUCAAGUGUGUAGCCAGGGCUCUGUCCCAUAGUGCCUUGCUCAGACAGACUGCCCUCCUCCUGACGACACAGCCAGCCAGACCCUCAGUGCCAUGGACUGGACUAAUCUGCUCUGGUCCGGACUGGAUGGUCUCAUCUCAUCUCCCAACGUCCCAGCAGGAUAAUACUGGAGUAUUAACGUAUUAUGCAUUCUAAGACAGGAGAUAGUUGUGUUCUGUACUCAUCGCUGCAGUGAGAGGGAUGCAACACAUCCCCUUUGCUUGGCUGGAUGAUUCAUGAUAUAACUGUAUUGGGAUAAUUGCUGUAUGUGGAUGAUAUUCAUGGUUUCACCAAAAUGUUGAACUUCUUGUCUCUACUGGGGCAAAGCUCUUGCUUGAAUUCUGCAUGAACCCAACCAUCCCCAGCUGAUUUAGUUUUUAAUUUAAUAGAAUUUUGUAUUUUGGCCAUCUCUUUGUUGAUGAUAGUCCAACACCCAAAGCACAUGGGAUCAUGUAUAAUUAGCAACUAUUGAUUGCAUGACAUGGGGAGAAUAGAACUCCCAUUUAAAAUAGUGGCAGAUAUCGGUGAAAAAUUGUAUCACUUGAAGUUUAGGUUUAGUUUGAAACUCAAAUCAAAUGUUAUUUGUCACAUGUUUAGUAAACAGCAGGAGUAGACUAACAGUGAAAUGCUUACUUACUCUGAUAACCUGAAAAUGGAGUUUGACAGAGCAUGCUAGUGCUGCAGCGCAGGUUGAGAACAAAGCAUUGUAUGUAUUUUAUUGUUUUAAAAAGAAAGUAUUACAUUUAGAGAUGUUUAUCUCUAUUCCUUAGGGGGGGGGGGCAAAAAAGGAGGGCAAAUACAAUUACUUUUCUGUCUAAUAUUUUACUACCCUUGUAGAUUAUUGAAUUGAACAUUGUUGUCAAUGUAUAUAACUUUUUCUAAAUGAAAUACCAAAGUUAGAUGUUUUUAGUCAUGACACUACCCCAGUAUGCAGAGCAGAUAAAGGUACUGUACUGUAGAUGUACUAUGGAGCAGCACAACGCUGGCUGGAUGGGCUACCUGUGUAUCAUAUGACAGGUGGCCUAAAAUGUUCAUUUGAUCAUGUUCCAUUCCGUUGUAGAUGCAUGUUCCCGUGUUUGUUACCACUGCCCACCCAGUUACCACUGCCCACCCAGUUACCACUGCCCACCCAGUUACCACUGCCCACUCAGUUACCACUGCCCACUCAGUUACCACUGCCCACCCAGUUACCACUGCCCACCCAGUUACCACUGCCCACCCAGUUACCACUGCCCACUCAGUUACCACUGCCCACCCAGUUACCACUGCCCACCCAGUUACCACUGCCCACCCAGUUACCACUGCCCACCCAGUUACCACUGCCCACCCAGUUACCACUGCCCACCCGUUAGCAUGUUUUAUUUAUUUUUUUGAUCUCAAAAUAUCACACAUUGCUAUGUUAUGGGUGGGGGGGGGGAAUGUGUUUCUUUCUGACCAACAGCCUACAGAAAAGUCAUCUAGAUUUAGUUGACAUUUUGCUUUUCGAUGUGAAAAACUGGAAAAGACCACUGCACGUUCGUGGAGGAAAACACAACAUGAAAUCCGAAAUAAAUAAAUAAGCUAUAAAGUGUAUCAGAAACUAUGGUGAUAUCCCAAUCUAAUGUGGUUCUUAACCAUUUAACAUGGCUAUGGGGAAGUAUGAAGAAAAACACCGUCGCUAUGUAUUAUGUACAAUGUCUGUUUAGUAGUGUAAUGAAAUGUGUACGUGUGUAAGGCAAUGGUUGGUAUGGCUUAAACAGAGACGCCACUUUUACAACCGACUCGGCUCGUCUACAUAGGCGUUGAUGUAAUGAUUUAUAUAUUAUAUUUGCCCUUGCUGAAAGUUUUUGUUCAAUGUCACGUCAAAGUUAUUGAAGUGUAAUUGUUUGACAAAUGGAUGAGGGUCAGGUGGGGGGUUCAGUAUAGUAGUGGUGGUUGUGGUGAUAUUGAGGGUUUUAGGGGGUAAAGGGAUCCUAGUCAUGCUGUCUUGCCAGUGGUCUGCUUCGUUUUGACACAGCUCGCUACGUGUUAAGGUCUCUAGCCCCGAGGUGGAGUUUUAGGUGUCUGUAUCGUCCUUGGUUAAAGUCUUGCCAUGGGUUGUGUUUGUUUAUAUCUGAUUGCUGCUCCUUCUUCUGUGCACAUAGAUGGCCACAAAAUGCUUUGUGUGUAGGCUGGCAGGAUACCUCUUCAUGAACCUCUGUCAUGUUAUUUUUUAGAAGAUUUACUGAUGUAUUCGUCAUUGAUAAUGUAUAGCUACAUUUGUCACACAGAUGCAUAUACAGGUGACGUGUAUGUGUAUCACACCCAUGUACAACCACAAAGAUGGCUACAUCCCAACACUGGAUCAGAAUGUGCCAUUAUAUUUGUGUAUAUCACAUAUAUAAAUAUCAUAUUAAUGCUCUUGUCACUUCCACAUACAAUUACACAUGUGCAGGAUCAAAAUGUGCCAUGACUAAAUAAUGCCUGACAAUUUAUUUUUUCUAUGUUUUCAAGGAGAAGCAGUGACAUGUACAGAACAUUUUGGAAUGAUAUGAAAAUAAAAUCUUACUGUGUGUAAAUGAUUGUACAAUUAACUGUUUAUAUUAAAAUCAUGAAUAAAAUUAUUGGAUUAUU